CUUCCGUUUGCCGUUGGGGGACUGCAGUUGGAGCGCCGCGGUUACGCAUAUUGUAACCGGCCUGUGCUCGUCUUUGUGCAGGAUGGAUUGAAAGUGGCGAUUUGUGCUGCUAUUCAAAUUUUCCCCGUGUUGGAGCAAACACUAACAUUGAUGGUGGCUAAUAAUCAAGAGGAAGCAUGACAGACAUCAAGAACUUCUUGUAUGCUUGGUGCGGGAAGCGCAAGCUUACACCAAAUUAUGAGAUCCGUGCUGCUGGCAACAAGAACAGACAAAAGUUUGUUUGUGAGGUCCGAGUUGAUGGGUUUAAUUACACUGGUAUGGGAAAUUCUACCAGCAAGAAGGAUGCCCAGACAAAUGCUGCUCGAGAUUUUGUUAAUUACCUGGUUAGGGCUGGAGAGAUGAAAGCAGAAGAAGUUCCCAGUUUGAAGGGGAAUGAACCUAGUGCUGUUGAUGGAAGUGAUGGUGUGCCGAGGGACUCGCCUUCAAGUGUUCCUCAAUUAGCUAUAAAGCAAUCACCUGGCCAUGGAGGAGGAUUUGGUGGUUAUUGGGAACGUGGAGCCAAUUUAAAGGAAUAUUAUGAAAAGAGAGAUGAGCAAGAAGCCCAAGCAACUCUGGAGUCGGAAGGCUUGGAUUUAAAUGCUGGUCUUCAUGGUAACUGGACGCUUGAAAAUUCCAAGGCUCAACUCAACCAGUUCUUCCAAAAAGAGAAGAUUCAAGCUGACUAUAAAUAUUCUCAAGUGGGACCUGAUCACAACAGGAGUUUUAUUGCAGAGAUGACUAUUCACGUGAGACAGCUGGGAAGAAAAAUCACAGCCCGUGAACAUGGUUCAAACAAGAAACUGGCUGCACAAUCAUGUGCACUGUCAUUGGUCCGACAGCUUUACCAUCUAGGAGUGUUUGAAGCUUUCACUGGGCAUACAAAAAAGAAAGAGACAGAGAAAGUGGAACCAUAUGAGGUGAAUAUUGCAGGAGAUCUGGAAUGCCAGCUUGAGUCUGUUGUCACUGACCUGGGAUUGGAACUGAUCCCACCACCUGAAGACCCAGCUAGUCCAGUUUCACUUACAGUUGGAAAGCUUGCCCAUUUUGAGCCCUCAAUUCGACAGAGUUUUGCAGGAGUUGUACCGUGGUCACCUCCUCAAGUGAACUGGAACCCUUGGACCAGCAGCAAUAUAGAUGAAGGCCCACUUGCUUUUGCAACACCAGAGCAAAUCAGUGUGGACUUGAAGGAUGGAUUACAGUAUCAGAUGCAGAAUGAUAGCAAUCUGCAAAAAAUAAUCAACGAAAGAAGCCAACUGCCAGUCAAAAAUUUUGAAGAACAAAUUCUUGAAGCAAUCAAUUCCCAUUCAGUUAUCAUUAUUCGAGGUCAAACUGGAUGUGGUAAAACUACCCAAGUUCCUCAGUACAUUCUAGAUGAUUACAUCAAAAAAGGCCAAGGUUCUGAGUGCAAUAUUGUAGUGACACAGCCUCGACGUAUUAGCGCUGUGUCAGUUGCAGAGCGUGUUGGUUGUGAACGAGGAGAAGAGCUGGGCAAGAGCUGUGGUUACAGUGUUCGAUUUGAAUCCAUAUUGCCAAGACCACAUGGCAGUAUAAUGUUCUGUACUGUAGGGGUACUGUUGAGGAAACUAGAGGCCGGCCUUCGUGGUAUAAGUCAUGUAAUUGUGGACGAAAUUCAUGAGCGAGAUAUUAAUACUGAUUUUCUUCUUGUGGUUUUACGUGAUGUUGUCCAGUCGUACCCUGAUAUCCAUGUUAUUCUCAUGUCUGCCACCAUUGACACCACCAUGUUCAGAGAGUACUUUUUUAACUGUCCAAUAAUCGAAGUUCAUGGAAGAACAUUCCCUGUUCAAGAAUAUUUUUUAGAAGACUGUAUACAGAUGACUGGGUUUGUUCCUCCUCCAAGAGACAAAAAGAAAAAGGACAAAGAUGAAGAAGGUGGUGAUGAUGAGGAGGUUAACUGCAACAGCAUUUGUGGUGAUGAUUAUGGUCCAGAAACCAAACGUGCUAUGGCGCAGAUGAGUGAAAAGGAGACCCCAUUUGAACUGAUAGAAGCGUUACUCAAGUAUAUUGAAACAUUGGAUGUCGAAGGAGCAGUUCUUGUUUUCUUGCCUGGGUGGAACUUGAUUUUUGCUAUGCAAAGACAUCUGGAAAUGAAUUCUUACUUUGGAAGCCAUAGAUACAGAAUUCUGCCAUUACAUUCGCAGAUUCCAAGAGAGGAACAGCGCAGGGUGUUUGAUCCUGUACCAACAGGAGUCAGAAAGGUAAUUUUGGCUACAAACAUUGCAGAAACGAGCAUUACCAUUAAUGACGUAGUUUAUGUCAUUGAUUCAUGCAAACAGAAAAUGAAGCUGUUUACAUCUCACAACAACAUGACCAAUUACGCCACAGUGUGGGCUUCCAAGACCAAUUUGGAACAGCGACGGGGUAGAGCAGGCCGUGUCCGACCUGGCUUCUGCUUCCAUCUCUGUAGCAAGGCACGUUUUGAGAGACUUGAGACCCACAUGACUCCGGAGAUAUUCCGUACACCUCUUCAUGAAGUGGCUCUAAGCAUCAAACUUCUUCGUCUGGGAGGAAUUGGACCAUUUCUGGCUAAAGCUAUUGAACCCCCUCCACUGGAUGCAGUUAUUGAGGCAGAACACACUUUGCGAGAACUUGAUGCUUUGGAUACCAAUGAUGAGUUGACUCCAUUGGGCCGCAUCUUAGCUCGGCUUCCUAUUGAACCACGCCUAGGCAAAAUGAUGAUUAUGGGCUGCAUUUUCCAUGUUGGUGAUGCUGUGUGCACCAUAUCUGCUGCUACUUGUUUUCCAGAGCCUUUUAUUAAUGAAGGCAAACGUCUGGGCUAUGUGCACAGGAAUUUUGCAGGAACAAGAUUUUCAGAUCAUGUGGCUCUACUUUCAGUAUUUCAAGCCUGGGAUGAUGCAAGAAUGGGAGGGGAAGAUGCAGAAAUCAGAUUUUGUGAGCAUAAAAGGUUAAACAUGGCAACUUUACGGAUGACGUGGGAAGCCAAGGUUCAGCUGAAGGACAUUCUCGUCAACUCUGGCUUUCCUGAAGAAUGUCUGAUGACACAGGUAUUUAAUAAUACCGGACCAGAUAAUAAUCUUGACCUGAUUAUUUCGCUUCUGUGUUUUGGACUGUAUCCUAAUGUCUGCUACCACAAGGAAAAGCGGAAAAUAUUAACAACAGAGGGGCGCAAUGCACUUAUCCACAAGUCUUCUGUCAAUUGUCCUUUCAGCAAUCAAGAUUCAAAAUAUCCUUCUCCGUUCUUUGUGUUUGGGGAAAAGAUCCGAACCCGUGCUGUAUCUGCAAAGGCGAUGACUUUAGUUAGUCCACUCCAACUGCUGUUUUAUGGUUCAAAGAAGGUGACAGGAAAUGGUGAUAUUAUUUUGAUGGAUGAAUGGAUAAAGUUGAAGAUGUCACACUAUGCUGCAGCUGCAAUUGUUGCUUUGCGCGCAGGAAUGGAGGCACUGGUUGUCGAAGUUGCUAAGGAUCCUGAAUUUGUACGGCAUCUGGAUCCCAAACAUGAACGCUUGCUGAAUGUGAUUCGGCAGAUUUCAAAACCUGGAGCAGCAGGCAUUAAUCUUAUGUUAAACUCAAGAUUUGGUGAUGGUCCUCGUCCUCCCAAAAUGGCGCGUUAUGAUAAUCAAGGAUUUGGUGGAAGAGGGAGUGGUCGUGGUUCAGGUUAUAGGGGAGGAGGAGGUUAUGGUGGGUCCCGCGACAGUUAUAGUUCUGGAUAUUUUUCUGGAGGAGGGAGAGGAGGAGGUGGUGGAUACAAUAGCUACCAAAGUGGAGGAUAUGGUAGCUACCAAAGUAAAGGUGGAUAUGGUGGUAAGCUGGAUUCUGGUGGAUUUGGUGCUAACAGGAGUGAUGGUGGAUUUGGUGGUGGCCGUGCUGGUGCUGGUGCUGGUGGGUUUGGUGGUGGCCGUGGUGGCACUGGUGGAUAUGGUGGUAGCCGUGGUGGUACUGGUGGAUAUGGUGGUAGCCAGGGUACUGGUGGUGGAUAUGGUGGUAGCCAGGAUGGUGAUGGCGGUGGAUACGGUGGUAGCCUGGGCGGCAGUGGAUAUGGUAGUAGCCUGGGUAGUGGUGGAUAUGGUGGUAACAAGAGUGGUGGUGGAUUCAGUAGUAAUCAGGAUGGUGGUGGAUACGGUGGCAACAGGAGUGGUGGAUACAGUGGUAGCCAAGGUGGUAGUGGUUAUAGUGGCAACAGGAGUGGUGGUUACAGUGGUAGCCAGGGUGGUGGUGGAUACAGUAGUGGCCUAGGUGGUAGUGGACAAGGUGGUAGCCAGGAUGGUGGUGCAUAUGGUGGUAGCAUGGGUGGUGUUGGAGGAUAUGGUGGUAACCAGGGUAGUGGUGGAGGAUACGGUGGUGGUGGAGGAUAUGGUGGUAACCAGAGUGGUGCUGGAGGAUACAGUGGUAACCAGGGUGGUGGUGGAGGAUACAGUGGUAACCAGAGUGGUGGUGGUGGAGGAUAUGGUAGUAACCAGAGUGGUGGUGGAGGAUAUGGUGGUAACCAGAGUGGUGGUGGAGGAUACAGUGGUAGCCAGGGUGGUGGAUACGGUGGUAACCGCAGUGGUGGUGGUGGAUAUGGAGGGAACCGGAGUUUUGGGGCAGGUUAUGGAGGAGGAUAUGAAGGCAAAGGAGCCUUCUAGAAAAAUGCAGAUGACCAAAAGUUGCAUUUGUGCACAAUUUAUAUUGAUUGAUAAGUAACAUGGCUUUGUAUUAAUUAUUUUAUGUACAACAGUGCAUGCACAUUGCAAAUGUGAUCAGUUUCAGUUCUGCAAAUACUUUCUGUACUUAGUGUGCACUUACAGCAAGGGUAUAUACUUAUGAUAUCUAAAAUACCAAUUAAAUGUCCAAGCACAUUGAAGUGUAGAGUGGAUGGUUUUCAAUAUGUUCGUAUUUUUGUUGUAUUGCAGAAGAAAUAAAAGAUGGAAAAAAGA